AUGGAGGCCCGCUAUGGUGACACGGGGGUGGUUGUCAACCUCGUGGUACUCCAAAAAUACUUCCACCAUAGCGAUCCAGCCAUAAGGGUAGUCCCCAAAGAAGUGAGGAAAUUCAAUCUUGAGAUGUCGAGGUCCAGAAACGGUGGGGGAAAAAGGAGUAGUAAUGGAGGAAAAAGGGGUGGACCCGAGGGAAAUGGGGAUGGAGCCAAUGGGUAUUUGGGUGCUGGGUUGGGUGUGGGGUGGCUGCCUGAGGGAACGGACUUCAUCAAGGAUGGUUUGUUGAACUUGGUCUUGGCGGAGGUGGUGGACGGACAAAUCUGCUAUGGAGUGCUGGAGGUCUGCAAUGUGAUGUUGGAUGUCUUCAUAGCGGCUGUUCACCAUCGACAAGGAUUCUUGAAAUUCCUGGAGUUGCUGUGCUAUUCACACCUUUUUUUACCUUACACACAUUUGUUAUUCUUACUUUCUUCGAUUCAUUUGAUUCGCCGACUUUUCUCCGACUUCGGUCACAAAGCUAAAGACUUGCUUACAGUGGGAUAUUCCAAGGGCCAGAGGUUCAGUUUCUCAUCCCACAUUGAUGGCGGAGUGAACCUUACAUGUUCAACCUCCGCGAAGAUUGGAGGACGAUCAAGUGCAGCUGUUGCAGGAUCGUACACAUACAAGAAUGCCACCUUCAACUGCCGAAUUGAUACGGAUUCAAAAGUUACUGGAACAUUAGGUACGAAGUUUCCGUCAUGCACAAAGACUUCAGCUUCAUUCAGCUUGCCGGAGUACAAGUCUAGCAAGCUCCGGUUUCAAACACGCCAAGAAUAUGGUGCCGCAGCUGUGUCUGUUUCUCUGUGCCAGUCCCCUGCAAUCAACCUUUCAGCAACCGUCGGUAGUGCAAGCUUUGUCAUCGGUAUGGAGGCAGAAUACAAGACCGCUUCCAGCACUUUCUCCAAAUGUAAUGCAGGCAUUAGCAUGAAGAGUCUCAAUUCUGAUGCUUCAAUAAUUCUGGGAAACAAGGGUGGCUUGGUAACAGCAUCGUACGUUCAUUAUCUUGAUCAAGAAAAGAAGAAUGCAGCAGUGGUGGAGUUCACUCAGAACCUCUCAACAAAGAGAAGCACCUUGACAGUUGGAGGAUCGUGCAUGGUUGAUCAUCAAACAGUGGUGAAAGCUAGACUCGAUGGUAGCGGAGAUGUUAAGACUCUCCUGCAGUACAGUAUUAGACCCAAGUCGCGCUUGUCUAUCUCCGGCGAGUUCAACACCAAGGCACUUGACAGGAUUCCUAAAAUUGGACUGGCACUUUCUCUUGCCCCUUAAACAAUUUCGCAAUAUUCAUAUGCAACUGAU